AUGUACAGGCCGCAAGUCACCCCACGGCAACACAGGGGCACCAGCUGCACGCGGGCGCGGGGCAGCGAGGACGCUGACGCCAAACCAAGGGUUUUCUUGGAAGCUACACGCUGGCCUGCGCUUUCUGCUGCUGGAAAAGAGCAGCCUCAGGGCUCCCCGGCUCAUGCCAGCCCGAAACGCACCAGCUGCCAGCAUUCCCAAACUGGGAAAGCCUAUGGCAGGUACCAGAGCUCCCACUUGUAUCCUCAGCGCAACAAGAGCCAGGCGGCCAGCAGGGCAGCGCGGGACGUGCGGAAGCCGCCGCGCGGGGAUGGAGCGGGUGGUCCCGGCAGCCAGGCCCCGCUCCGCUGCGCCCGCGGGCCCAGGUCAGACCCGCGGCUGCUCUCCCAGUUCUUCUACGCUGACGAGAGGGUGUCACGGGUGGUGGCGGAGAUCAACGGGCUGGAUGCUGAGAUGGACCCGCAGCAGUACCUGGUGCUCCUGAACCAGCUGCACCUCAGCCAGUCUCACCUGCUGGCCGUCAUCGAGCGCAUCAUGGAAGAGUGCAUCCCCACACAGAGGCACAGCCGCGACUACCUCGUCAAGUUCCCUGAGGAGCUCCUGGUGGACAACCUGGGCAACCACAUGCUCUUCGCGGCCGAGUGUCUCCUGGCGGGCACUUUCAUCGAUCUGGAGGAGUCGGACAGCGUCCAGCUGCGGCCCCAGGCCAGGAACCUGCUGUGCAGCCUGGAGCUGGUGCGCACGGUGCUGCGGGAGCAGAGCCUCAGCCAGCCCAGCACCUACUCGGAGGCCGUGCGGGCCGUGCUGGUGCAGUUUGACCGGCUUUUUGCGGAGUUUGAGCUGAGCUACGUGUCCUCGCUGGUGGCGGUGAAGUCACCCGAGGAGAUCUACCGGCAGCAGGAGAUCAUCGUGCUCUUCUGCGAGACGGUGGAGAGAGCCCUGCGCCUGGGUUACCUCACGCAGGAGAUGAUCGAUGGCUACGAGCCGCUGCUGAUGUUCACCAUCCCUCGCCUGGCCAUCAUCAGCGGGCUCCUCAUCUACCCAGAGGGGCCCCUCAGCCUGGAGCAGAGCCCAGAGCAGAUGUCCCGGGUCUUCAGCCCCUUCUACAACCUCCUGAAGAAAAUCAGGUAA